AUGAGAGUUCAGUGCCCAGGGGCCAAGGAGGUGGUCUUGCUGGCACCCACAGAGGUGGAUGGCUCCUUGGGCAGUACUGUGACCCUGCUGUGUCACCUGCAACAUCUGGAGUCCAAAAUCCAGCGGGUCACUCAGAUCAGGUGGAAGCGGCUGGAGUUGCUGGGGGACCCCAGCAUUGUGGCCGAAUUCCACUGGGAGUGGGGUCCCAGCAUCCUGGAGCCCGACCGUGUGGGGUUCUUGGCCGCCCGGUUGGGUGCGGACCUGCUGGACGCCUCGUUGGCCAUAAGUGAGCUGAGCCCUGGGGAUGAAGCCAACUACACCUGUGAGAUCCACAUCGGCACAUCCCAGAUGUGGAGCGCAAGCACCUGGCUCAGGGUGUUCUAUGCCCCCCAGGUCUCUAUUGCCCUCUAUGAUGACAUUGGGCAGCAGGGCCGCAGGGAGACCAGCCUCACCUGUGAUGCCCGCAGCAACCCGGAGCCCAAGAGUUAUGACUGGAGCACUACCACGGGCCCCCUGCUCCCCUCUGCUGUACCCCAGGGCUCCCGACUCCUGAUCCAGCCCACUGAGGAGUCAAUCAACACGACCUUCAUCUGCCUGGUUUCCAAUGACCUAGGGACGGGACAGGCAGCCAUGAGUUUCCAUAUCCCAGAGGCCAGGGAGGUGGUCGUGCUGGCGCCCACUGAGUUGCACGGCUCUCUGGGCAGCACAGUGACUCUGCCGUGUCACCUGCAACCACUGGAGUCCAAAACCCUGCGGGUGACUGAGAUCAGGUGGAAGCGGCUGGACCCGCUGGGGGACCCCAGCAUUGUGGCCAAAUUCCAAUGGGAGCGGGACCCCAGCAUCCCAGAGCCCGACCAUGUGGAGUUCAAGGCCGCCCGGUUGGGUGCGGACCUGCAGGACACCUCGCUGAAGCUGCAUGGGCUGAGCCAUGGGGACAAAGCCAACUGCACCUACGCCUUCCAGGAUCACGGGCCCCCUGCCCCCUCUGCUGUACCCCUGGGCUUCCGACUCCUGAUCCAACCCACUGAGGAGUCCACCAACACGACCUUCAUCUGCUGCGUCUUCAGUGACCUGGGGACGGGCCAGGCAGCCAUGAGAGUCCAGCUCCCAGGGGCCAGGAAAGUGGUCGUGCGGGCCCCAACCAAGGUGAAUGGCUCCUUGGGCAGCACUGUGACCCUGCCAUGUCACUUACUUCUGGAGUCAGAAAUCCCACGGGUGACUGAGAUCAGGUGGAAGCGGCUGGCCCCUCUGGGGGACCCCAGCAUUGUGGCCGAGUUUUACUGGGAGUGGGGCCCCAUCAUCCUGGAGCCCGACCGUCUGGAGUUCAAGGCCGCCAGGUUGGGUGCGGACCUACUAGACGCCUCGCUGACCAUUCGUGAGCUGAGCCCUGGGGACGAAGCCAACUACACCUGCGAGGUCCACAUCAGCACGUCCCAGAUGGGAAGUGCGCUUACCUGGCUCCGUGUAUUCUACUCCCCCCAGGUCUCCAUCGCCCUUUAUGAUGACAUUGGGCAGCAGGGCCGCAGGGAAACCAGCCUGACCUGUGACGCCCGCAGCAACCCAGAGCCCAAGAGUUAUGACUGGAGCACGACCACAGGCCCUCUGCCACCUUCUGCUGUACCCCAGGGCUCCUGGCUCCUGAUCCACCCCACUGAGGAGUCCAUCAACACGACCUUCAUCUGCCGCGUCUCCAAUGACCUGGGGAUGGGCCAGGCAGCCAUGAGAGUCCUGAUCCCAGAAUUGUCUUGUUCUGCAGCCUUCAACAUUGGCUGA